AUGCGACAGUCUGUCUUGUUGGCUUUGCGUUUGGCUAAUGAACAAGUUUCUAUGCAGACCGCAGUGUUUAAGAACCAGAUCGACUGGAUACCACUCUCAACAGGUUCUGUUCGGCCAACUCAAGGUCGCACAUUAGCGAUCGCGCAAGUCUCCGACGGAUCUCAGUCUUUCAACACUGUAAACUCUCUGCGCGUCCUCGGACGGUGGAUGCGCAUGUUCGCCAUCCCGAACCAGAGCUCAAUCCCUAUGGCUUACACGCAAUUUACAGAGGAAAAUUCAGACGAAGGAGGGAGCAGGCUUAUGCCCAGCGGGAAAAGAGACAGGCUAGUUGACUGUAUGGAAGAAUUCGUGAAAUACACCUUGGUAAUGCGGCCACAUUUCGAUCUUUUCGGGGAUCGGUAUAGCGAAAGAGAGGAGAAGAGGAUCAAGGAGAAGAAAGCGAGGUUGUUAGGCACGCAGAAUGGUGUCUCUUUAACCGAGAUGUGA